AUGUCUAGUUUCUCGGAAAGUCAUGCGCCCAAGGCGGCUGCAGGGCUCGACACUUUGGAGUCGCCUAUAAUGCCAGCGCGCCUGGAGAGCCUCCAUCAACCGCAACCUCAUCGUCCGCCAGCACUCGCCACAAUCCUCCAUUUCCCAAAACCUUCUCAGACCUCAAAAGUCGAGGAUUGGCUCGCAUCUUUGGACGAGGGCCGACGACAACACUCCAAGUCGGACAGUCACUUAACUCGCAUCUGCCGUUUCUUCCAGCCGACAAGAAUCCUGUCCGAAUUGGAAAUGCCCAAGAAGCCCACUUCACCAGACCCGUCACUAGACCCAUCUCCGGAAACCAAUCCGGAGACCAGAGCCUCAUGUUCCCUGGUUGGAGCCCCUCGCUACCGGGAACGCAACCUCGACCAUAACAACAUCCAACUCCGCAGCAUGAGAGAGAAGCUUCCUGAACAUGUUCAGGGUCUCGUGGAUGAUAUGUUUAAAGAGCGUCAAUCACCGGAACCAGAAGCUGAGGAUAUCAGAAAAGACACCAAUCUGACUAACCUUAGCGACGUCACCGGCACCGAGUCAUUAGUGACCAAGUACUUCAAAAAAAACAUUUUUGAAGAUCCUACGGAUUCAAGGAGACUUGAAGGUCUAGGUAUGACGGAGGAACCUUUACCUAUACACAGAGAACAUAUUCCAAGCUCAAAUGAUUCGGAGAUCAAUCUUCCAGUAAGUCAGCCGAAGCCGGAUAUCCUUUACGGCUACUUCUGGAACGACUUCACAUCGGGACAGCAAAGACAAUUCAAAAAUAUGAAUGACAUCGAAUAUACUGCCAACAGUCAAGGGCUCAUCUAUCCAUUUUUCGUUAUCGAAAUCAAAGGUGACGGGCUUGGUCCUACCGCGGGAAGCCUCUGGGUAGCCACGAAUCAAUGUCUAGGAGGCGCGGCAACCUGUAUCAACAUGGCCGAAAAGCUCAACCGAUAUAUCGAACAACUCUCGAUGUCAUCGACUGUUUCACCCGUGGACACUACAGUCUUCAGUAUCGCCAUGAACGGGAGCGAAGCCCGCCUCUUAGUAUCAUGGAAGGAAGACGAUGGGAGCGGCAGAAUAUACUAUACCCAGCAAAUCCAAGGGCUUUUAGUAUAUAGGCCUCAAGAUUACCUCCUACUCCGCCUCUUUGUCCGCAAUGUACUCGAGUGGGGAAGAGACCGUCGCCGUGCUCAAAUCGGUGCAGUUCUCGAUGCUGCUCAGGAGGGGAAGAAGAGAAAGCUCGAUGCCAUGUCUCAAGAUGCCAUCGAGGGCGAUUCCAAACGUUCGAGGCAUGAUCGGAGAGUUGAAAGCAUGGGGCAAAGCGUCCAAGAGUCAAGAGUGGUAUGCACCCGCCGCUGA